AUGGAUGAGUUAACACAAGCAAAUACAUUAGCUAUUGAUGAAGAUUUGGUAGAUAGUGUUAAUAGUGUUAAAGGAUGGGGAAUUUUAAAAUCAUUAAACCCUUCAUACCCUGAUAUUUCAUUGGUUGAAAAUGUAAUUACAUUUGGUAGAUUAAAAGAUUCAACAGUUCAUUAUAAUGAUAAGUCUAUAUCAGGAUCACAUUGUAAAAUAACAAGAGAAAGUAAUGAUGAUGAUGGAGUAGUUAUUGCAUUUAUUUAUGAUAAUAGUACAAAUGGUACAUUUAUAGAUAAUAUUAAAGUUGGUAAAGGAAGUAGAUGUUUAUUAGCUUCUGGUCAAGAAAUUAGUUUAACACCACAAAAACAAUUAGAAAAAAUUGCAUAUAUUUUUCAAACAGUUGAAAAAGAGAUUGAAGAUGGUGGACCAUCAAAUAAAUAUUUUAUUGGUGAAAUGUUAGGACAAGGUAAUUUUGCAACGGUUAAAUUAGCAGUUGAGAGAACAACAGGUGUAAAAUAUGCAGUUAAAAUUGUAGAUAAAAAGAAAUACUUUAUGAAUAGUAGUGCUAGAAAAGAUUCAUUAAUGGAUGAGGUCAAUAUAUUAAGAGGAUUAUCACAUCCAAAUAUAAUUCAAAUCAUUGAAGUAUUUGAAAAUGAAAAAGUAUUAUCAUUGAUUUUAGAGUUGGUAGAGUGUGGUGAACUUUUAAAUGACAUCGUCUCAAAUCUAUUCUACACUGAAGAUAAAGCAAAAACCCUAUUCCGACAAAUAGUUGAUGGCGUUUUGUAUCUUCACAAUAAAGGUAUCGCUCAUAGAGAUUUAAAACCAGAGAAUAUCCUUUUGAAACAUAAAAAUUUCAACCAAAAUGAUGCUAUCAAAUUAACCGAUUUCGGUCUAUCAAGAACGGUUAGUGAUGGUAGUUUUAUGAAAACUAUGUGUGGUACCCCACAAUAUCUAGCACCUGAAAUUUUAACUAGUUCAGGUGGACAUAAUGGUUAUGGUUUAGAAGUUGAUUGUUGGAGUAUGGGUGCAAUUCUUUAUAUUAUGCUUUGUGGUUAUCCACCAUUUGAUGAUUCAAGAGAGGUUUCAAUUUUUGAACAAAUUAGAAAUGCAAAAUUCGAAUUUGACCCAGAGGAUUGGUCAUCAGUUUCUGAAGAGGCAAAAGAUUUAAUUAAAAGAUUAUUAUGUGUUGAUCCACAUAAACGUUAUACAUGUAAUAAUAUUAUUCAGCAUCCUUGGUUUAAUCCUAAUGUAAAAUUAUCAACACUUUUAGAAGAAGAUGAAAGAUUAAGAAAAAAAGCAGAAGCAGAAGUAGAAGCAAAUAAUAAUAAUACAAAUAAAAGUAAUAGUCCAAAAAUGUUGGGAAAAAGAAAAUCAGAGGAUGGCAAUUGUAGUGAUAGUAAUAAUAAUAAUAAUAGCGGAAGUAAAAGUUUAUCAUCAAUUAAAUCAAAUACAACAAUGUUAGAUUGUGAUGAAAAAAGUAAUAAUAAUAAUAAUAAUGGCCAUAAAAAAUCUAAAAGCGAUCCAACAUCAAAUAAUUCUUUAUUCAAUAAUGAUAAUAACAAUAAUAAUAAUAAUAAUAAUAAUAAUAAUAAUAAUAAUAAUAAUAAUAAUAAUAAUAAUAAUAAUAAUAAUAAUAAUAAUAAUAAUAAUAAUAAUAAUAAUAAUAAUAAUAAUAAUAAUAAUAAUAAUAAUAAUAAUAAUAAUAAUAGUAAUGAUACCACAGAUUCAGAUACAGAUGAUGAAACAAUUUCACUACCAGUGAUAACUAAAAAUUCAAAAUCAAUGUCAAACCUUCAAAAUCAUUUAAAUAAUAAUAAAAUAAAUAGCGAUGAUGAGAGUGAAACCUCCACAAAUAAUAAUAAUAAUAAUAAUAAUAAUAAUAAUAAUAAUAAUAAUAAUAAUAAUAAUAAUAAUAAUAAUAAUAAACCAAGUACAAUAAAUAAUAAUUUUCCAGUUCCAUUCCCUAAAUCACCAACAAAGAAUAGCCCUAAUGCUUCUCCACCAAUAAAACCUCAAAAUAGUAGUAAUAAUAAUAGUGGUUUGGCUGGAAUCGAUAAACCUAAAUGCCAAUAUGAUCCAAAUUGUUACAGAAAGAAUCCACAACAUUUAAGAGACUUUUAUCAUACGGUUAGCAGUAAUAAAUAA